AUGGAAAGCGUGGACUUGGAGGUGGACGUGGACGUUGACGUGGACGUGGUCGUGGACGUGGACGUGGAGGUGGACGUGGUCGUGGACGUGGACGUGGAGGUGGACGUGGACGUAGACAUGGACGUGGAGGUGGUCGUGGACGUGGACGUGGACCUGGACCUGGACCUGGACCUGGACCUGGACCUGGACGUGGACGUGGACGUGGAGGUGGGCGUGGACGUGGACGUGGAGGUGGUCGUGGACGUGGACGUGGACGUGGACGUGGACCUGGACGUGGACGUGGACGUGGACGUGGACAUGGUCGUGGACGUGGACGUGGACCUGGACGUGGUCGUGGACGUGGUCGUGGACGUGGUCGUGGACGUGGACGUGGUUGUGGACGUGGACGUGGUCGUGGACGUGGUCGUGGAUGUGGACGUGGACGUGGACGUGGACAUGGUCGUGGACGUGGACGUGGACCUAGGCGUGGUCGUGGUCGUGGACGUCGACGUGGACGUGGACGUGGACGUGGACCUGGAUGUGGACGUGGACGUGGUCGUGGACGUGGACGGGGACUUGGACGUAGACCUGGACGUGGACAUGGACAUGGACGUGGACGUGGACGUGGACGUGGAUGUGGACGUGGACGUGGACGACGUAGACGUGGACUUGGAGGACGUGGACGUGGACGUGGUCGUGGACGUGGAGGACGUGGACGUGGAGGACGUGGACGUGGUCGUGGACGUGGACGUGGACGUGGACGUGGUCGUGGACGUGGACGUGGACGUGGUCGUCGACGUGGUGGACGUGGUGGACGUGGACGUGGACGUGGACGUGGUCGUGGAGGUGGACGUGGACGUGGACGUGGACGUGGUCGUGGACGUGGACGUGGACGUGGACGUGGUCGUGGACGUGGACGUGGACGUGGACUUGGACGUGGACAUGGACGUGGACGUGGACGUGGACCUGGACAUGGACGUGGACGUGGACGUGGACGUGGAUGUGGACGUGGACGUGGACGUGGACGUUGUGGAUGUGGACGUGGUCGUGGACGUGGAGGACGUGGACGUGGACAUGGAGGACGUGGACGUGGACGUGGACGUGGUCGUGGACGUGGAGGACGUGGACGUGGACGUGGAGGAUGUGGACGUGGUCGUGGACGUGGACGUGGACGUUGUGGAGGUGGACGUGGUCGUGGACGUGGACGUGGACGUGGACGUGGUCGUUGACGUGGUGGACAUGGUGGACGUGGACGUGGACGUGGACGUGGUCGUGGACGUGGACGUGGACGUGGACGUGGACGUGGACGUGGUCGUGGACGUGGACGUGGACGUGGUCGUGGAGGUGGACGUGGACGUGGACUUGGAAGUGGACGUGGACGUGGACGUGGACGUGGACGUGGUCGUGGAGGUGGACAUGGUCAUGGACGUAGUGGACGAGGACGUGGACGUGGACGUGGACGUGGACAUGGACGUGGUCGUGGACGUGGACGUGGUCGUGGACGUGGUCGUGGUCGUGGACGUGGACGUGGACGUGGACCUGGACGUGGACGUGGACGUCGACGUGGGCGUGGACGUGGACGUGGAGGUGGUCGUAGACGUGGUCGUGGACGUGGACGUGGACGUGGACGUGGUCGUGGACGUGGACGUGGACAUGGACAUGGUCGUGGACGUGGGCGUGGACGUGGGCGUGGACGUGGACGUGGGCGUGGACGUGGACGUGGACGACAUGGACGUGGACGUGGACGUGGACGUGGUCGUGGACGUGGACGUGGACGUGGACGUGGACGUGGACGUGGAUAUGGAACUGGACGUGGACGUGGACGUGGUCGUGGACGUGGACCUGGACGUGGACGUGGACGUGGUCGUGGUCGUGGUCGUGGACACGGACGUGGACGUGGACGUGGUCAUGGACGUGGUCGUGGUCGUGGACGUGGACAUGGUCGUGGACGUGGUCGUGGUCGUGGACGUGGACGUGGACAUGGACGUGGUCGUGCACGUGGACAUGGACGUGGACGUGGACUUGGAGGUGGACAUGGACGUGGACGUGGACGUGGUCGUGGACGUGGACGUGGAGGUGGACGUGGUCGUGGACGUGGACGUGGAGGUGGACGUGGACGUGGACGUGGACGUGGACGUGGUCGUGGACGUGGACGUGGACGUGGACCUGGACCUGGACCUGGACCUGGACAUGGACGUGGACGUGGACGUGGACGUGGAGGUGGGCAUGGACGUGGACGUGGAGGUGGUCGUGGACGUGGACGUGGACGUGGACGUGGACCUGGACGUGGACGUGGACGUGGACGUGGACGUGGUCGUGGACGUGGACGUGGACCUGGACGUGGUCGUGGACGUGGUCGUGGACGUGGACGUAGUCGUGGACGUGGACGUGGUCGUGGACGUGGUCAUGGACGUGGACGUGGACUUGGACGUGGACGUGAACUUGGACGUGGACGUGGACAUGGUCGCGGACGUGGACGUGGACCUGGGCAUGGUCGUGGUCGUGGACGUCGACGUGGACGUGGACGUGGACGUGGACCUGGACAUGGACUUGGACGUUGAUGUGGUCGUGGACGUGGACGGGGACUUGGACAUGGACCUGGACGUGGACCUGGACAUGGACGUGGACGUGGACGUGGACGUGGAUGUGCACGUAGACAUGGACGUGGACGUGGAGCUGGACGUGGACGUGGCCGUGGUGGUGGACGUGGACGUGGUGGUGGACGUGGUCGUGGACGUGGACGUGGAUGUGGACGUUGUGGAUGUGGACGUGGUCGUGGACGUGGUCGUGGACGUGGACGUGGACGUGGACCUGGACCUGGACGUGGACGUGGUCCUGGAUGUGGACUUGGACCUGGACGUGGACUUGGACGUGGACGUGGACGUGGACGUGGAGGUGGACGUGGAGGUGGACGUGGACGUGGACGUGGACGUGGACCUGAACGUGGACGUGGACUUGGACGUGGACGUGGACGUGGACCUUGACGUGGACGUGGACCUUGACGUGGUCAUGGACGUGGACGUGGACGUUGUGGACGUGGACGUGGUCGUGGACAUGGACGUGGACCUGGACCUGGACGUGGACCUGGACCUGGACCUGGACGUGGACGUGGACGUGGACCUGGACGUGGACGUGGACGUGGAGGUGGACGUGGACGUGGACGUGGACCUAGACGUGGACGUGGACCUGGACGUGGACUUGGACCUGGACGUGGAGGUGGUCGUGGAUGUGGAGGUGGUCGUGGACGUGGUCGUGGACGUGGACGUGGACGUGGACGUGGACCUCGACGUGGACCUGAACGUCGACGUGGACGUGGACGUGGACGUGGAGGUGGACGUGGACGUGGACGUGGAGGUGGACGUCGACGUGGACGUGGACGUGGACCAUGACGUGGACCUGGACCUGAACGUGGACGUGGACGUGGACGUGGGCGUGGAAGUGGACGUGGAGGUGGUCGUGGACGUGGUCGUGGACGUGGACGUGGAUGUGGACCUGGACCUGGACCAGGACGUGGACGUGGACGUGGACGUGGACGUGGUCGUGGACGUGGACGUGGACGUGGACGUGUUCGUGGUCGUGGACGUGGACGUGGACGUUGUGGACGUGGACGUGGACGUGGACGUGGACCUGGACGUGGACCUGGACGUGGACCUGGACGUGGUCGUGGACGUGGUCGUGGACGUGGACGUGGUCGUGGACGUGGACGUGGACGUGGACGUGGAGGACGUGGACGUGGACGUGGACGUGGUCGAGGACGUGGACGUGGACGUGGACGUGGACCAUCCCCUUCUCCCAGAUUCCAUCCCCUUCUCCCAAAUUUCAUCCCCUUCUCCCAGAUUCCACCCCCUUCUCCCUGAUUCCAUCCCCUUCUCCUAG